CUUGUCACAUAACAUGGCAUUGUAGCAAGGCUAAGGAAAAAGUAUUGAGACGACUUAUUAAGUGCUUUAGUAAAAAGUAUUGUUAAUUAGUCAAACCCAAAUGUUCCGGAAAAUAACAAAACUUGCCCCAUUCACCCCCAUCAGAUUGCUUAAAAGUAAUCCAAGGGGCACAGUGCUUCCAAUGUCGUCGAGUUCUACAACUGAAUCUACAGAAAAUUGGGACUUGUACGCAUCCGUUCUGGUGGAACGUUUACCUAUCGUGUCUAAAAGUUUAACCAAUUUAGAACGGGAAUUUCAGGAGCACCUGUGGCGCGUAGAAUUUGAGAACAGCUUAAAAUCGGACUAUGAACUGAAACAUGAACGUGACCAAAUUCAAAGUGAAUUAAUAAAAAAAGGGGAAAUGGAGGUGGACCUCGAUGAUAGCUCUUCCAAAAUGACAGCACAAGAUCUAAAAGAUGCUUAUUCAGAAGAGUUGAAAAACUUUCAAACAGCACUUCGUUCUACGCCAGAUGACGUAGCAAACACAACUACUUCUACUGACCGUUGUUUAGAGGAAACGUUAUAUCUUGUUAUCGAGGAAGUAUUAAACACAAAAGCACACCGGAUGCUUCCUCAAGGGCUUCGUCAUGAUGGUGAGACAAUGCGACAGGCUGCUGAACGUGUGCUACGUGAGAAAUGUGGUACGCAGUUGCAAGUUAAUUUUUACAGUAACGCGCCUUGUGGAUUUUACAAGUAUAAAUAUCCUGUUGAUAUGCGAAAAAGGAGCGCUGGUGCUAAAGUUUUCUUUUACCGAGCUUAUCUGCGUGGUGGUGAUAUAGACAAGGCAAUUGCAAAAAAGUACGAAUGGCUAACUAAGCCAGUUUUGGAAGAAAAACUUAAAAAUACUGAUUAUACUGAAAGCAUACGAAAGUUUCUCCUGUAACAUACAUAUGCAUAAUAUGCUUAGUUUUUAACACAAACAAAUAAAUUUCACUUUAAUUGAA